AAAUCUCAACUCAAACAUUUCAAAAUUCAAACUCCAACAUUCCCACACGUCUUACCUUAUACAUACAUAUAUACUAACAUAUUACGAUGUCAAGAACUGUAGAGAUGACGAUUCUGUCAGCAGAAAACCUCCAAAUGAAUAGAAAAUCCAUUAGAGGGAGUACAUUUGUGACGGUUCAAUCCGACGCUAGUAGCGAUGACACAAGUGCUGCCACGAAAGUGGAUUUAGAGGGUGGAAGUUACCCUUCGUGGAAUGAGAAAGUUGUGAUGGACGUGCCAUUGCAUGCAAGGUUCAUAACCGUUGAAGUGAAGUGCAAAACGUCUUCAUCAGGGUCUAACAGUGUUGGCGUGGCACAAAUACCGGUUUCUGAUUUCAUUGGAGGCUAUAUGCCCGAAAAUCAAUUGCAUUUCUUGAGCUAUAGGUUGUGGGACGGUAAAGUUAGGAGAAAUGGGGUUAUAAACAUUUCGGUGAGGGUGAAAGUGGCAGAACAUUCUUCUUGUAAUUUGAAUUCUAUGUCAUUGUCUGCGGUAACCGGGGUGCCGGUGGCCGGUGAUGGCUCCUCUGGAGUUGUCACAGGGAUUCCAGCUGUUUGGGUAAACUACCAAAGAAAUCAUUGAAACCGUCGAGCGUGGAUAAACUAGCAUGGAAUUUUUUCAGCAACAGAUGUCUCAAAUUUGAGUCAUAUGUUUAUAGCUGCAUUUUGUCUUACCUGACACGAUUAGGAUUGUCUCGGGUGAAAGACAUUAGUAAUCUGUACCAAAAAAGAAGAAAUAUUUGAAGGGUUUGGUUUGUUAUGUACUGAAAAAAGAAAGCAUUAUUCAUUGCUUUUCCUUCUCGACUUUCUGUAGAAACUGUGACAAACAGCAUGAAGACUGAAGAGGGAUUCACAAAAAAGUAAAAUAAAUGUUGAGCAAAUAUCUGGCAAACUACUUAUGAGUUUUCCAGUAGUAUAUAUGUACAGUGUGAAGAUAUGAAAAGAAAUUGCCUAGUGUUUUUGGAUUAACUAAGACUGCCACCAUAUAUGUGUACUCGUUAAUUGAUUAAACAUACUUUUUGUAUUAUUAAAUUGAUGUACAUGAAGUUAAUGUUAUUCAUCUUAUUUUAAAUCUA